UUAGUCAAAAGGGUAUAACCGUCAUUCGUGUUUGUUUCUUAAGACAAGUAAGUUCCGUUGUUUACUCCGGCGUCGAUCAAUUCCAAUAGCUCAGUCCAAUUCCUCGUCUGUUUCGAACGAUAUAGCGGCGGAUUGAUAGAGAACUUACACCGACAUUAUACACGACAAUCCAGAUUAGUUCCAUGGCGCCAAGAUGGAAAUGGAAAGGAGCUGAAGCAAAAGCUCUUGCAGAACCUAUUUCAAAAUCAGUCUCAGAGCUCCAGCUCUCUCUAGCCAAAACAGAGUCAACGGGUUCGCUCUCUAGUUGCAACGUGCUCCUAGCCGUUGAGCCAGAGCAGGCUGAGCUACUCGACCGCUGUUGUUUCGGCAGACUCGUCCUGUCCGCUGAGAAAGUCAAGAAAUGGAUUCAGUUAUCCUUUGAAGAAGCUUUCUACUUGCUCUACAUCCUCAAAUGCAUCAAACUCUCCCGUCAAGGCCGUUUCUUGGAGAGCGAAGUAGAGAUAUGGAUGUACAUGAGAACAAAAAGACCGAACUUUCCGGUAUUUUUCAAAGCUUAUUCACAUUUGCGAUCUAAGAACUGGGUUUUGAGAUCCGGGUUGCAGUACGGUGUGGAUUUCGUGGCGUACCGUCAUCAUCCUUCUCUUGUCCACUCUGAAUACUCCGUUUUGGUUCAGUCUGGUGACAGUGAUCGGUUAAGAGUGUGGUCUGAUGUCCAUUGUGCUGUUCGGUUAAGCGGAAGUGUUGCUAAAACGUUGUUAGCUCUCCAUGUCAGUGGUAACUCUAACAGAGAGGAUCUGAAUCUACCUACGUGUUUGGGGAACUACAGAGUUGAAGAGCAAACGAUAAGUAGAUGGAGCCCAGAACUCAGUCGUGAAGAUGAUGAAACCACAAGUCCAAAACCAAAAGUUACCAAUGUGAGUAAUUUGAAAACGCCAUGACGAACCGGUCCCGGUUAAUUGAGUACUGGUUUUGAUUUUUCACAUAAAUCUCUAAUCAAAAUUUUGUUUUCACAUCAAUCUCUAAUCAAAAUUUUGUUUUCAGUUUUAGUUGAGAUAGUGAGAUACACAACAUUUGUUUUCUAUAGUCACAAAUCUCAUACGCUUUUGAUUUUAGGUAUCUCGUAAUUUUGUUUGAGCAAGACA